AUGCAGAAACCUGCCGAUCUCGGUAGUUUCAUCGACUGCCCUGUAGCCUUCAGCAUCUUCCUUGUACCAGGAGAAGCAAAAGAUAACUUGCUCGCCAGGCACGGCUUGUCUUACACGCAUACCACCAAGCCCGCGGAUAUCAUCAUACGUGCGUCCGGUGGCCGCAAUCUCCACCGGCUCCUCAACCCAGACAGAGUCGAAAUCUGCCUUCAUAUUGGCAACGUUGAUCCGUUGCAACCAGCUGCGUUCCAUCACACAGACCCCCUACGCGAUCUGUUUGAGAUUCUGGUAAAACCUCACCACGUCGUCGCUGACACGGAUGCGUUUCUCGUCAAAGUUGACGAUUUGGAGGUUUGCAGUGUCGACGCAUCGACUGAGAGCCACGUAGACUUGUCCCUUCUCGAAGAUCUUGGUCAGAUCCACCUUCACUCUCUUGAGAGUCUGUCCUUGGGAUUUGUGGAUCGACAGGGCCCAGGAUAG